GGUUGUCUUUGAACAGGUGGCCUCGCAUCGACAGGCGCCUGCAAGCCUUUACCCAGGGUUAAUUAAACGCUUGUUUUUGUUAUGUCACUUGCUACGGAAGUAGAACUCCACUGCACACAUGCUAGGUCCUUGAGGAACCAUCUGCUUUCAGUGCAGGUGAGAUCCCACCUGGAGAAGUCUACCUGGCAGUUGAGCUAGAAGAUGGACACUGGAACUAUGAGGACUUGAAUAGCCUGAGCACGGGUUUGGAAAGAUGUUUCGAGUUCGAUAUGCAAGCCGCUGCUUCAAAAGACUCCUUCAUGGAUCUACAGUGAAUAAAGACCAGAUCCUGGAAAGACUGCAGGCCUGCUCGGUUGAAGAUGAAGUGUUUGAUGUGGUGGGUAACAACAAAGCCAAACUGACAGUUAACCACGUGAACCAUGCUGUGAGCUUGCUGUGGAACCUUCAAAAAGAGAGACCUGAACUGCUCCGGACAAUUGGUCAGACCAGGAUUCACCCACAAUUCCUGACUCUGCGCGUUCUCGCAGAGAACAAAAUCAGUCAAAUGGAUGAUCUCAUGCUGGUGGACAUUCUUUACGCUUUUCUCAGGCUGAAAGUGGAGCCUCAUGACUCUCUUGUGCAGCACUUGGUUUCAGAAGCUUGGUUAAGAAUUGACAGACUUCCAAUGCCAUGUCUAUCCAAGUUUUCUGUUUGUUUGAGUGAUCAGCUUCUUCAGCACAGUCCUCUGAUGGGUCACAUCACCAGCAUUUUGGAUCAAAGGUUAUCAUCGAUUGAAGAUGCAAGGGUUCUUACUGCAUUAAUGAUCAGAGUCUCUUCCCUCGUGUCUCCCCGGCUGAGGGACGCUCUCAUCGACAGAGCGGAUCUCCUCCUCAACACAAUAGAUCCCUUAAAUUACAGCAUCCCUCGAAGAAUGGUGCAGUUUUUGCGCAACGUUAAGUACGUUCACCGGCCUCUGCUGGAGAAAUGCAAUGAGAUCUUUCUGCGCAACAUGGCAAGAAUGGAUGGAGAGAGCAUCAGCAUGGUCUUGGGCCUGUAUCAGUCCCUUCAGUUCAACAACUGUGACUUCAAGCUGGCUGCUAAGGAAAAGUUGACGGAACUCAUUGAUUCCUUCAAUGACCCUUUUUCUUUCUCCAAACUGUUUGUUGCUUUGGCUCCUAUUGCUGGGUCUGAGGUCAGAGAAAGGCUGGAGAACACCGCCCUGCUGUUGGUGGAUGAGUUCAGUCCUCAUCAGGCUUUGAUUGUAGCUGAAGCGAUGGACGAGUAUCAAAGUAGAAACCUCAGCUUAAUGAACAAAAUUGCAGCAGUCAUUCAAAAGAACCUCCACGUCUACAAGUCGGUGGAGGUGGCCCGAAUCACCCAAGCCCUUUCUCUGCUGCAGUACCAGAACCCAGAGUUCUGCACUACAAUCCGGUCCAUUUUGGUCAAAUUUUUGCUGCAAAGUUUCUACCCCUACGAGGUGACCAUGCUGACACGAGUCCUGACCACGCUGCCCUGCCCACGACUCGACGACAGCGUGGUCACGCGGGUGAAUGAGGUGGUGGCGCAGUGCAACCUCAGCGAGCUCAACACCAUUUCACUGGCUGUCGCCAAAUGGGUGCGAAACGACUCGUCCUACCACCACAACACCCACAGCAAAUACGUGCGCUUGCUGCAGACGCUGAGCCGCUGCGGCCGCGAGAGGCUGCAGACGUCCGACCAGAUGGACGUGGUGCUGGAGGAGCUCAAACACGUGUCAGGGGAGUGGUUUGAAGAGAUGUUGCUGGAGGAAGUCACGCUGACGCUGCAGAGGAUGAUCGCUCAGGUCAACUGGACCAACGUACCUGAUCUGGCCUUUUACCUAACAAGAAUAAACAAUCUCUGCCCUCCGCUGAUGGAUAAAAUUGCUACUGUGGCCAUUGAGAACAUUGACAAGAUUCACCACUCUGCAACAUAUGCCACCCUCCUCCCCUUUUCUAUCCUGAACUAUGAUACUGUUCAGGCAGAUGAGCUGUACGACGUUUGUAUCAGACGCUUCACUCCUCAUAUCCGCUCCUUCGACCCACAUCUGCUUGUCCUCUUGGGGUACACGUUGGCCGUCGCUGAACUUUUCCCCGAAGAACUGAUCAAAGAAAUUUUCAGCAUAGAUUUUCUGGGAAAACUGGAUUGCCAGCUUGAAACACUCCCCGAUGCUCUCAACAUGCGGACGAGGCAGCGACUGAUGGAGCUCAACCGCGCCAUCUGUCUGGAGUGCCCCGAGUUUCAGGUGCCAUGGUUUCAUGAGCGCUACUGCCAGCAACUGCAGAGAAAAGGGGACAGUUUCCCCAGCCCCAUGCAGCAGCAAAUCCACAAAAUGCUGGGGGAGGUUCUUGGUGGCUUAAACUUUGUCCAAGUUGCAGUUAUCACUCCAUAUUAUUAUACUUUAGACUUUGAAUGCAAACUAGACAAACACUCUCAGCCGUUGCCUUACACCGAACCCAGCACCUUGAGGAUCUCAGACGGAGAAAAGGUUCUUUGGAGUCCCGCUUCUCUGGAAAGCAUCCGGAAUGAGCUGCCACCUGGAGCUCAGCGUGUUGCUGUGGACUUUCUCAAUUCUAAGGCGUUCUGCAAGAACUCUCAUCAUAUGAAAGGUGAAACUUUGAUGAGACAGAGACACCUGGAAAUUCUGGGAUAUCAUGUCAUUCAGAUUCCUCAUUUUGAGUGGAACUCUAUGGAGCUCUCAACCCUUGAAGCCUGGAAGGAGUAUCUCAAGAGAAAAAUACUAGGAUAACUUUAUAUUUUUUGAAGGUCAUAUCUGGAGAACCAUGACAUGAAUGUUACAUUGUGAACAAUUAGCCAGAGAGGACAAAGUUCAUACACAUAAAGUGCUUUUUGGUUUUGAAGUGAAAAGGUAAAUUCUGCCAUUGACAUGAAUCUACCUCAUGUGUGGGAAAAUGAGAUUAUUUUACAUGCUUUUGUAUUAAACUUGAAAAAACACAAGGA